AGCUAGUACCGUAGUAGCUAGGUCAAGAGGAUUUUGUGAUGUGGCGAACUCUGCUUCGGGUCAAUGCACUGGAUUAUCUCAUCUUUUAAUUAUAAGAAUAUCAUCUAUCAAGCCUGGUUGUAAUGUUAGAUUGACAUCAAUCGGAAACUCUUGGGACCGAUGCAACGAGCUAAGAGUAAAAGUUCUCCCGAAAGGGAUAAUCAAUCCAAGAAAACAACCAAACCAGCUGAAAAAAACAUGCACUACGCUAGCGCAUCUAGAGCGAGAGAGAGAGAUCGCAAAAGCCGAAGCUUCGGCAGAGGAAACGGCGUGUUCCGAUGCCUUUCUGGAAAGACAGCCAAGCUUUUGAUUCUCAUUGCAGUGGGUUUCGCCAUUUACUCUUUCGCUUCAAGUCAUUGGUACUUUGAUAAAAACAAUGGGGAGAAAGUUCAUAAUGAUCAGAACGUACAAAAGACUGUGGAGGAAAGAGAGAACGUGUUGGCCCAUGGCCAUGACAGAGAUCAGAACCAGUUGGAUCUGGUAGAUGAUGAUGAGGAUGAUGAUGAUGAUGAUGACACUGAUAGUUUCAGUGAAGAAGAUGAUGAUGGAGAAUCUGAGGUUAUUGCAGAUGAAGAAUACAAAGAACAAGAUAUUGCAAGAGAGGAAGAUAAUGUGCAACCUGAAAAGAACUACGACCAUGUUUUCAAGUACCACGUUCUGCAGACUUUGACGAACACAGAUCGCCUACCCCAUCUCAAAAAGAGAUUUGAAGUGUGCCUGAAAUCAAUUCUUGAUAAGUCUUCGGUAGAUCUUUUGUUCUUCUUCGUGGUUGAUGGACCAAGUAAAAUUUAUUUGGAAACAGCACUGCAAGACAUCACAAAUCAGCACAUUUCAAAAGCUAAAUUUCAGUUCAUCUUCUUAGACAUCGAUGCUCUGGCCAAAGAGCUUGCUCCUUUAGUUGAGAUGAUGCAGGAGCAGAUACAAGGCAACCAUCCCUACUACAAGGACGCCAUCUUCUUUCUCUCCACCAUGCUACACAAGGAACUCCUCCCAGAGUACGUCCACCGCGUCAUCAUGCUCGACACCGACCUAGUCUUCAUGAGCGACAUCAAGGAGCUCUUUGAGCACUUUGACCAUUUCCAGGGCGACAACAUCAUGGGCGUCGUCCACGAGCAGCAGCCGGUGUACCGUCAUAUAUUCUCUCUCUACCGGUCGCAGAAUCCAGGUACCCGCGUUGGAAACCCUCCCCCAGAUGGCCUCACUGGAUUCAACAGCGGAGUCCUUCUCCUAGACCUGGACAGGAUGCUGCAGAGCGUCCACUUCGAAGACUACAUGCGGCCAGAGAAGGUCGUAGAGCUCCGGGAUAAGUUCCACUUCAAGGGACACUUGGGUGACCAAGAUUUCUACACACUUGUCUCGAUGGAGAAGGAAGAUUUGUUUUACAACCUUCCAUGCUCUUGGAAUAAACAGCUCUGCUCGUGGUGGAAAGAUAAGGGCUAUGCAGAUGUCUGGGACCAGUACUACGUUUGCAAGGAGAAAAUCAAUAUUUACCAUGGCAACUGCAACACUCCAAUACCUUUCUAACAGGAGUCCAAAAUAUUACUCCAGAGACCUGAAA